AUGUCGUUCGUCAUGCACGAAAUCGUCUACUUCGGACGCUCCCUGCCCUGGAUCAUCAUCGAUAGCUUGGGUCUGUUGAAAAACUACAAGAUUCAGAAUAACAAAAUCCCUUCGUUGCGAGAGCAGUGGGAUUGUGCAAAGUUUGUGCUUCUCAGUCACUUCACGGUAGAGCUGCCCCAGAUCUGGCUUUUCCACCCCAUGGCUCAGUUCUUUGGUCUUUCCACCUCGGUUCCCUUCCCCUCGCUCUGGACGAUGGCUUACCAGAUUGCCAUCUUCUUCGUGUUGGAGGAUACGUGGCAUUACUUCUCUCACCGUGCCCUCCAUUGGGGACCUCUCUACAAGGCCAUCCAUAAGAUCCACCAUCAAUACUCCGCCCCCUUCGGAAUGGCCGCGGAAUAUGCCUCUCCGAUUGAAGUCAUGAUCCUGGGUUUCGGCACUGUGGGCUGCCCUAUUCUGUGGUGUGCUGUCACCGGCGACCUCCACAUCUUCACCAUGUACGUCUGGAUCGUACUGCGACUGUUCCAAGCGAUCGAUGCGCACAGCGGUUACGAAUUCCCCUGGAGCUUGCACCACUUCCUUCCAUUCUGGGCUGGCGCAGACCACCAUGACCUUCACCAUGAGAAGUUCGUCGGCAACUACUCCAGCAGCUUCCGGUGGUGGGAUUACUUCCUCGAUACUGAGUACAGCCCCGAGGCGAUCAAGAGACGUCGUGAGAAGAAGGCGACCGAGGGCAACAAGAGCCUGUGA